AUGAAUUCUAUGCAGCGCCAGUUUGCUAAGGCGAGAGGCAAGGGAGGCACGAACACCGCGAAAGUUUCCGUAUUCCUCAAUGAUUUCGAGGAUGCCGAUCAAAUGCUCACGAAGAUAAUUGAGGCAUCAAAAGCUUGGAGAGAUGCCUGGGUAUCCAUCCUCACUAUCCAGUUAGGGACCGUGUCCCUCUUCGAAGAACUAUAUGACCCGAUCGUUGGUGCCAGCGAUGGCCAUGGCCACGAGCCAGCCCUCACACCCCAAUCCCAGAUCGACCGGACUACCAAAUUGAAAGAGGCGUACGGGGAGCUAAAGACCGAUCUCCUGGAGGAAGUCAUAAUGGUGGAUGCCCGUAUAAUCAAGCCCGCUGGAGACGCGAAGGAGUUCCUGCAACCGUUACGGAAAACCAUCAAGAAGCGGGAGAAUAAGAGAGUCGAUUGGGAGCGUCAUAUGGACAAAGUCAACAGUCUACAGGCGAAAAAGUUAAAGCGAACUGAUCGUGAAAAUGUCGCAUUAGCAAAAGCGGAGGAGGAGAUGGCACGAGCUUCCGAAGCGUUCAAAGUUGCGGACGAUAGCUUGCGAGAAAAACUCCCUCCUUUGAUAGCGGCCGCUUUUUCAAUCAUUCCUCAUCUGCUAGCUGUCCAAAUUAUGAUUCAGAACACGCUCCUAGCCCAAUAUUACACAAUCCUCCACAAUUACUGCGAGGAGAACGGGUUUCAAUCGCCCCCUCCCUCGAUGGAAGACGUCAUGUCCGUAUGGGGUCAAGAUUUCAAGCCGAUCCAACAGCAGGUAGAGAGGAUUACCUGCAUCGCUCGAGGAAAAGUGGUCCAUCAAUCCAUGAGUCUUGGAAGCGCCCCCACCCCGGGCAAGUCUAUAACGGGCUUGAACGUUCGCAAUGGAUUCUCCCGACGGGCGUCAUCGCAAGGCAAGGUUUCUGCACCAGCCUCCCCCAACAUGGAAGCUCGUGAUGCCAGUGAGACCCGUGACGCCCGUAUGCGAAUACCCUCUUCAGCUUCCAUUCCUGCAGUCGCACCGCCUGCACCUGAGCCAUCUCCGUCACCUGAACCAACGCCAACAUAUGCGAGUCCAGAUUACUCCACCCACCUCACACCCGUCUCCUCAUAUGCAAGCCACUCACCGGCGGGGCCCACUAUGGAUUACUUCCAACGGUCUUCCAACAUGGGUGCCUCUGCCGCGGCGAAGAAGAAGGCACCGCCGCCACCACCUAAACGCAUUGGAUCCCAAAAUUCUGGCCUGUAUGCCACAGCACUAUACUCUUUCGAGGGGCAGAAUCAAGGUGACCUAAGCUUCCGAGAAGGGGAUCAGAUCAAGGUGGUCAAGAAAACGGACAGCACUGACGACUGGUGGGAGGGUGAACUUCGGGGCGUAAAAGGCAGCUUCCCAGCCAAUUACUGUAAGAUUGUUUAG